AUGGCCACCAUCAAGAAGAAAACCACCAGUUCAUGUCCGUUUGGUGAAGGAUUCUACAGUAAGAUAACGAAGCUGUUGCUAUCCAAGGAACCGAACGCAGUAAAGGAGUUGAAGGAAUGCGUAAAAAUAGUAAGCGCUGCCAAGCUGACGCCGUCGGAUGAGUUCUGGGACAGUGGAGACGAGAUAUCCAGUGUUGAUUCGUCAUCGUCAUCAUUGUCCUCAUCAGCAUCAGCGUCAGAAUUACGAGGUAUUCAAAUCAAGAAAGCUGCAGUGGAACGGCCCCGUAUCAUCCAUUUGGAUAUGGUGCCAUCUGCUGAGAAACGUGGCCCAGCAAAGGCGAAGGUCGAUCCACCCCCAGUACCAGAGAAAAAACGGAAAGGACCGAUAGUAUUACUCGGUGCUCGUCGCUCAGACGACUCUGACUCGGAUGAUGCAAAGACAGCUGAAAAG